CGUCCCGUCCCGUCCCCGCCGGGGCCGGGGCUGGGCGCAGCAUGGAGACGGUGCUGCUGGAGCACUUCCCCGGGGGGCUGGACUCCUUCUCCUCGCCCCCCUACUUCGACGAGGAGGACUUCUUCCCCGAGCCGCCCCCGCGGGACGCGCUGGCCGCCGACGGGCUGCUGGAGCCGGACGUGGACUUCCUCAGCCGGCAGCUGCAGGAGUACUACCGCGACGGCGGCGACCCCGAGGGCGGCUACCGCUGCCCGGCGCCGGCCGCCACCUUCCCGCCGUCGCCCGCCUCGCCCGGCUUCGCCUACGAGUGCUGCGGGGCGGCGGGCGCGGCGCUGCUGUCCCCCGGGGGCCUCCAGGCGCUGGGCUCGGCCAAGCGGCGGCGGCGGGUGCGCUCCGAGGCGGAGCUGCAGCAGCUCCGGCAGGCCGCCAACGUGCGGGAGCGGCGGCGGAUGCAGUCCAUCAACGACGCCUUCGAGGGGCUGCGCUCGCACAUCCCCACCCUGCCCUACGAGAAGCGGCUCUCCAAGGUGGACACGCUGCGCCUGGCCAUCGGCUACAUCAACUUCCUCAGCGAGCUGGUGCAGUCCGACCUGCCGCUGCGCAGCGCCAGCAGCGAGAGCCCCAGCCAGCCCAAGAAAAUCAUCAUCUGCCACCGCGGCACAAGAUCUCCCUCCCCGAGCGACCCCGACUACGGACUCCCCCCUCUGGCCGGUCACUCGCUGUCGUGGACUGAUGAAAAGCAACUCAAGGAACAAAACAUCAUCCGGACAGCCAAAGUGUGGACCCCCGAGGACCCGCGGAAGGUGAACAACAAACCCUCCCUCAACGACAUCGAGAAUGAGCCCCCCUUCGACUUCGUGGUGUGAGGCGCCGCGCGGGUGGCCCCCGCCCCCGCCCUGUACAUGCUGUAUGUAGAGACCUAUAUUGUAAAUGUAAUUUAAGAUUCAGACUCUAAGGGCAAUCAACUUUAUUUAUCUAUUUAUUACGGAGUAGUGAUAAUGAGGUAGAAUCGUCUGUUUUGAAUAUAUAAUUUAUAUAAUUUAUCCUGAUUUUUUAAAGAUAUGCAAUAGGUUUAUCCCACCAGCACCUUUUUUUGGGGAAAAAAAUAAUAAUGCCAGAACCUGUGAAAAUAAUUUAUUGCCGCACGUGGACUCUUCCUGUGUCUGUUAAUAAUA